AUAUCCAUGGGCCUUGAAUAUGUGCAGAAAACCUGUUUGAAGUAUCUUAUUAAGUGAACUCUUUUCAAACAAAAAAAAAAGGUAACAAGAAUAUUUAGAUUGCCAGUUGGGAGGGGGGGAAAUAUGGCUCAAAUUUUGCUGCAGUGCUACAGUGAGAUGCAGGAGACUGGACUCUCGGCCUUGGACAGUGGAGCUGCUUUUUUCAUCCAGCAUCGGGGUGCAGCUGGAGCCCUGAUGCUGGCUUUCCCAGAUGAGCUCACCAGGUCUGCCAGGGCAUCACCUGCAGCUCCUCAUGGCACGGCCACCAUGCUUCAAGACUCAGACCCUGGGAGGGCCUCGGGGAGCAGGAGAUGGCCAGGCCAGCAGAGCGAGGCCCUGGGGGAACAAGGGAUAUGGGAUGACCAAACCAGCAGGGUCCCUGCCCUGCACCGUCUCCGUAUAAAAGCGCCGCCGCCUCCCCGCCCGCCCUCACUCCCUGCCUCCUGCGGAGCCGCCGCCGAGCUGCCCUUCUCCCCCCAGCGCCCCGGAGCCGCGGGGCGGAGCGGGGCGCCCGCGAUGGCCACCGUGGUGGUGGUGGAAGUGGACUCGGAGCCCUCCUGUAGCAUUCCCAACCCCACCUCCCUCUCGCCCAGCCUCUCGCACCGCUUCCUGGACAGCAAAUUUUACCUGCUGGUGGUCAUCGGCGAGCUGGUGACCGAGGAGCACCUGAGGCGGGCUAUCGCCAACAUCGAGCGAGGAGUCCGAUCAUGGGACACAAACUUGAUUGAAUGCAACUUGGAUCAAGAACUGAAACUUUUUGUGUCUCGCCAUUCAGCUCGAUUCUCUCCUGACAUUCGAGGUCAGAAGAUUCUUCACCACAGAAGUGAUGUCUUAGAAACUGUAGUCCUGAUCAAUCCCUCAGAUGAAGCAGUUAGUACUGAGGUGCGCUUAAUGAUCACAGAUGCUGCAAGACACAAGCUCCUUGUACUAACUGGACAGUGCUUUGAAAACACAGGAGAACUCAUUCUUCAGUCAGGGACGUUCUCCUUCCAGAACUUCAUUGAGAUCUUCACAGAUCAAGAGAUUGGAGAAUUAUUGAGCACCACACACCCUGCCAACAAAGCCAGCUUAACUCUUUUCUGCCCUGAGGAAGGAGACUGGAAAAAUUCCAACCUUGACAGACACAACCUUCAAGACUUUAUUAACAUUAAACUCAACUCAGCUUCCAUAUUGCCCGAAAUGGAAGGACUCUCUGAAUUCAUAGAGUAUCUGUCAGAAUCAGUAGAAGUGCCAUCACCCUUUGACAUUUUGGAACCUCCAACUUCAGGAGGUUUCUUGAAACUCUCCAAACCCUGCUGUUAUAUUUUCCCGGGUGGAAGAGGGGACUCUGCAUUGUUUGCAGUGAAUGGAUUCAACAUGCUUAUCAAUGGAGGAUCCGAAAGAAAAUCUUGCUUUUGGAAACUUAUCCGGCACUUGGACAGGGUAGAUUCCAUUCUACUCACUCACAUUGGAGAUGAUAACCUGCCAGGAAUCAAUAGCAUGCUUCAGCGAAAGAUAGCUGAAUUAGAAGAGGAACAGUCCCAAGGGUCUACUACCAACAGUGACUGGAUGAAAAAUCUGAUCUCACCUGAUUUAGGAGUUGUAUUCCUUAAUGUACCUGAGAACCUGAAGAACCUGGAUCCUAACUUUAGAGUAAAAAGGAGUGUAGAAGAAGCUCGUUUUACUCUCCAAUAUUUAAAUAAAUUGUCUAUGAAACCAGAACCUCUUUUCAGAAAUGUAGGAAAUACCAUUGAUCCCAUCAUUUUAUUUCAGAAAAUGGGAGUUGGCAAACUUGAGAUGUAUGUGCUUAAUCCUGUCAAAAAUAGCAAAGAGAUGCAAUAUUUUAUGCAACAGUGGAGUGGUACUAGCAAAGAUAAAGCUGAAUUCCUGCUACAAAAUGACCAAAAGCUAGACAUUCCAUUAUCCUAUUUUACCUCUGUCUCAUCCCUGAUUGUGUGGCAUCCAGCUAAUCCUGCAGAAAAAAUAAUCCGAGUUCUGUUUCCUGGAAACAGCACCCAAUAUAAUAUUCUAGAAGGACUAGAAAAACUCAAACACUUAGACUUCCUUAAACAACCAAUGGUUACACAAAAAGACCUAACUGGGAACAUUGCUAGUCCAGCUGUGAAACAAGCAAAGUUGAAACAACGAACAGACAGCAAGGAGAGUCUGAAGCCUGCUGCAAAGACACCAAGCAAGCCUGUCAGAAAGGAAUCUAAAGAAGAAACAUCGGAGCCUGCAAAGCCUAGUCCAGCACCAGAAAAGCUUCAGAAAUUGGAAAGCAAAGAAAAAGUUCCAGUUAAAAAAGAGAAACCAGCAAAAGUGGAGACCAAACCUAUAGUGGCAGAAAAAGACGUAACAAGUAAAGAAGAGCAAUUAGUAAAAUCUGAAACUUCUGAAAAACAAGCUACAGAUGUAAAACCAAAAGUGGCAAAGGAGAAGCCAGUGAAAAAGGAAGUCAAAGCAAAACCUGAAGAAAAGAAAGAGGAAAAAGAAAAAACAAAGAAAGAGGUUUCUAAAAAAGAGGAGAAAACACCCAUCAAAAAAGAGGAAAAACCCCAAAAAGAAGAGAUCAAGCAAGACGUUAAAAAAGAGGUGAAAAAGGAAGAGAAGAAGGAAACUAAGAAGGAAGUAAAGAAAGAAGCUCCACCAAAGGAAGUUAAAAAAGAAGGUAAAAAAGAAGAGAAGAAAGAAAUUAAGAAGGAAGAAAAAGAAGUCAAAAAGGACAUAAAAAAAGUUCCUAAAGAAACAAAGAAGACAGCUGCUCCUUCGACUGAAGUCAAAAAGCCAGCAGCAAAGCCUAAACCACAAAAGAAGGAGGAACCUGCUAAAAAAGAAGCAGUACCUGCUGGAAAGCCAAAGGAAAAAGGAAAAAAUAAGACUGUGAAGAAGGAAAUCAAAGUCAGUGGAGCGCAAGCUGCCCUUGCAGCAGUUGGAGCCACUGCCACAACUGUAGCAGCUGCAGAAAUUACAGCUAGUGGAAAAGAACUUGAAGUGGAGAGAUCCCUUAUGUCUUCACCAGAGGAUUUAACAAAGGAUUUUGAGGAAUUAAAAGCUGAAGAAGUAGAAACAAUAAAAGAAACAAAAUCUCAAGUUGCACUUAUAGAGGAUGAACUGAAACUCCCUGGCACAGAACAAAAAAAGGCCUUUGAAGUCCGAAAAGAAAAAUUAGAUAAUGAAGGACCUGCUGAGUCCUCUGAUGAAGGCAUAACUACCACAGAGGCUGAGGGUGAGUGUGAACAAACACCUGAAGAAUUGGAACCUGUGGAAAAGCACAGGGUUGAUGACAAUGAAAAGUUUGAAGAUGAGGGAACUGGCUUGGAAGAAUCAUAUGAAGCAGGAGAUUAUGAGGAAAAGGCAGAGACAGAAGAAGCUGAAGAACGAGGUGAAGAUGAGGAACUAAAGACACCACUGGACACCACAAAACUAUAUAUGGAGGAAGCAAGAAAAAUGGAAGAGCAUUCAGAAGAAAUAAUGGCUGAAACAGAUGCUAACAUUAAAGCCAAAAAAUAUAUUGAAAAGGCAGAUGAUGAGGCAUCAGGUGAACAGGCUGAGGAAGACAGGGAAGAAGCAGUAGAAAAGGCAGAAACUGAAGAGACUGAAGAAGAGGAGGAAGACAAAGCAGAAGACAUCAGAAAUGAAGAGGAGACUGAAAAAAUAGAAGCUGAAGAAGAUUAUGUGAUGGCUGUGGUAGACAAAGCUGCAGAAGCUGGUGAAGUUAAAGAUAAAUAUGGCCUACUCAUAAUUACACCAACAAAAUGCUCAGAGCCUCAGUCUCCAGCAGUUGAACUGGCCUCUUCUAUCCAUGAUGAAACAUUACCAGGUGGUUCAGAAAGUGAAGCCACUGUUUCUGAUGAAGAAGAUAGAGAAGAUCAACCUGAGGAAUUAACUGCUACUUCAGGUUAUACACAGUCUACCAUCGAAAUAUCCAGUGAACCAACUCCAAUGGAUGAAAUGUCUACGCCCCGGGAUGUCAUGAGUGAUGAAACUAACAAUGAGGAAAGUGAGUCACCUUCUCAAGAGUAUAUGAACAUUACCAAGUAUGAGACAUCACUGUACUCUCAAGAAUUUGCUAGACCUAAACUUUCUCCACUUCCAGAUGCUUUUAAUGGAUUAUCAGAAGGAUCCAAAACAGAAGCCACAGAAGGUAAAGACUAUAAUGCCUCAGCUUCUACCAUCUCACCACCUUCUUCAUUAGAGGAAGACAAAUUCUGCAAAUCUGCAUUCCAAGAUGUAUAUUGGCAAAAAGGAAGUGAAAUCCAAGGCACUGCCAAAUUAGAAAUCAAAGAACCCUAUCCAGAAGAUGGUGGAAAACGCAGUCCAGCCAAGAGUCCAGCUGAGAGUUUGUCCCCUCCAUCACCCAUUGCCAAAACACCACUGAGUGAACGUAGUGUGAACUUUUCGCUCACUCCCAAUGAGAUCAAGGUCUUGGCUGAGCCUGUCCCCAUUGCUACAAUGCCUGAUGUACAUCAAGAAGUUGCUGAAGAGCACUGUGCAAGCCCUGAAGAUAAAACAUUAGAAAUAGCAUCUCCUUCCCAGUCUGCUGCUGGUAGUGCUGGCCACACACCUUAUUAUCAGUCUCCCACUGAUGAAAAAUCCAGUCAGCUUCCCUCUGAAACCAGUGAAAAGUCAACAGAAGCUCCUGUUAGCUUUGAACUCAGUGAAGUCAAAGAUGAGUCUGCAAAACCCAGAAUAAGCCCUAUGGAUGAGCCUGUGCCAGAUUCAGAAUCUCCUAUUGAAAAGGUUCUCUCGCCUCUACGGAGCCCACCACUGAUAGGUUCAGAGACCACUUAUGAUACAUUUUUGAGUGCUGAUGUAAAGUCUCCCACCAGAAAUUAUGCAAGUCCUUCUGAGGGGAAACCUGAAAAAGAAAAAUCACCUGUUCAGAUGAGCCCAGCUUCUGAAGCCAGCUCUGUGGGCCUUUUCCAAGAAAAACAAGAUGAAAAAAGCAUGGAGUUUAUGGUAAUUAAGGAAAGCUUCAGCCUAGAAAGGAAAAUGGAGGAUACAGAACCCAGCAGCUCCCAGUCUUCACUGGUCUUGGAUGAGCGGAAGUUAGCAGGUGAUCUCUCACCUACUCAAAUAGAUAUCGGUCAGUUCAGUUCCUUAAAAGACGACACCAAAAUGUCAAUUUCUGAAGGCACUGUUUCUGACAAGUCUGCAACUCCAGUUGAUGAGGUUGUAGCAGAAGACACCUAUUCCCAUAUAGAAGGAGUAGCUUCUGUCUCUACAGCAUCUGUUGCUACUAGUUCAUUUUUAGAACCAACUACUGAUGAUGUAUCUCCUUCUUUGCAUGCUGAGGUUGGAUCCCCCCACUCUACUGAAGUUGAUGAUUCCCUUUCAGUGUCAGUUGUACAAACACCAACAACAUUUCAGGAAACAGACAUGUCUCCAUCCAAGGAAGAGUGCCCAAGGCCCAUGUCAAUUUCUCCACCAGAUUUCUCACCUAAAACUGCAAAAUCAAGAACCCCAGUGCAUGAUCACAGAUCUGAGCAGUCAACUAUGUCAGUAGAAUUUGGUCAGGAGUCCCCUGAGCAGUCUUUAGCAAUGGACUUUAGUAGGCAAUCUCCAGACUAUCCUACUGUAGGCACUAGUAUACACCAUAUAUCUGAAAAUGGACCCACAGAAGUAGAUUAUAGCCCUUCAGAUAUACAGGAGCCUAUUUUUGCACCGAAGAUUUCCCCUGUGGAGCAGUCAUCUUACCCUCAGGAGAAGGAUAUUUCAGAAAUUAUUUCAGUUUCUCAAAUUGAAGCUUCAUCCUCAACUUCAUCAGCUCAUACACCUUCCCAGUUAACUUCGCCACUGCCAGAAGAAACUUUUUCAGGUGCUGUUCCACCCAGAGAUAUGUCACUACUUUCUUCUUUUACCUCAGAAAAGGUGCAGAGCCUAGGAGAAAAGCUGUCACCAAACUCCGACCUAUCUCCGUUAACUCCAAGGGAAUCUUCUCCUCUGUACACUCCUAGUUUUACAGAUUCACCUCCUGCAAUCACAGAAGCAGUAUCAGCUAGUCACACAUCUUCGUUGUCGCUGCAAGUGUCUUCUGUCAAAGCAUUUGGUUACCAGGAACCCCUAACAAAGCACAGUCCAGAACCUUUAAUCAGCCCAGAAAAAGAAGAUUCAGAGAAAAGCAGGUCACCAGAAGAACUUAGUUAUUCUUACAAGGCCACAGAGAAAACUACUAGGUCACCAGAGGAUAUUAGAUACUCCUAUGAGGCAGUUGCAAAAUCUAGAUCACUUCAGGCCACAGAUUAUUCCUAUGAGAUAACAGGGAAAGCUACUAGGUCACCUGAGGCCACAGAUUAUUCUUAUGAGAUGACAGGGAAAACCAUGAGGUCACCAGGAGUCACAGAUUAUUCCUAUGAGAUAAUUGAGAAAACCACCAAAUCACUUGAGGUCACAGAUUAUUCCUAUGAGAGAAUUGGGAAAGCUACCAGAUCACCCAAUGCUAUGGAUUACUCCUAUGAGACAACAGGGAAAGCCACCAGCUCACCUGAAGCCACAGAUUACUCAUUUGAGAUAACUGGGAAAACCACCAGGUCAUCCAAAGCUACUAGCUAUUCCUAUAAAGCAAGUGCACAUUUUACUCCAGGAAAAUUGUUAGCAGAAUCCCAUCAAGAUGUUGACUUAUGCCUUGUGUCCUCCUGCGAAUAUAAACAUCCUAAACCUGAACUUUCACCCUCAUUUAUCAACCCAAAUCCCCUUGAGUGGUUUGCAAGUGAAGAACAGUCUCAAGAUCAAGAGAAGCCAUUAACUCAAUCUGGGGGAGCCCAGCCACCUUCUGGGGGAAAGCAGCAAGGGCGGCAGUGUGACGAAACCCCUCCCACAUCCAUGAGUGAGUCUGCCCCAUCUCAGACUGAUUCAGAUGUUCCCCCCGAGACUGAGGAAUGCCCUUCCAUCACUGCAGAUGCUAACAUUGACUCAGAAGAUGAAUCAGAAACCAUUCCGACAGACAAGACAGUUAUGUACAAACAAAUUGACCCACCACCUGUCCUGAUGCAGGAUCACAGCCCUUCCCCUAGGCACCCUGAUGUCUCCAUGGUUGAUCCAGAGACUUUGCCCACCAAUCAGAAUUUGGGUAAACCUUUGAAGAAGGACCUCAAAGAAAAGGCAAAGACAAAAAAGCAGGGUACCAAGACCAAGUCACCUUCUCCUGUUAAAAAAAGUGAUGGUAAAUCAAAACAAGUGGCUUCACCAAAACCAGCUGUAAAAGAAUCUUUAGACAAAAUUUCCAAAACAGCUUCUCCGAAAAAGAAGGAGUCUGUGGAGAAGGCAACCAAAAAUCUCUCUAAUCCAGAAGUAAAGUCUCGAGUCGAAGAUAAGGACACCAAGAAUGCAGCAAAUACAACAACGUCCAAGUCAGCAAAGACUGCAACCACAGGACCUGGGAAUAGUAAGUCAGCAAAAUCUACAGCGGUGCCUCCAGGACCUCCGGUGUAUUUGGAUCUGGUGUACAUUCCCAACCACAGCAAUAGCAAGAAUGUCAAUGUUGAGUUUUUCAAGAGGGUGCGGUCAUCCUACUACGUGGUGAGCGGGAAUGAUUCUGCAGCCGAGGAGCCAAGCAGGGCUGUUCUGGACUCCCUGCUGGAGGGCAAGGCCCAGUGGGAGAAUAACAUGCAGGUGACCUUAAUCCCAACCCAUGACUCAGAAGUGAUGAGGGAAUGGUACCAAGAGACCCAUGAGAAACAGCAGGACCUCAACAUCAUGGUUUUGGCAAGCAGCAGCACUGUUGUUAUGCAAGAUGAAUCUUUUCCUGCAUGCAAGAUUGAACUGUAAGAACAAGACCAUGCACCACAAGAUUUAACUUUGUUUCCAGAAAUUCUUCAGUUUGAAAACACCUUUUCUAAAAAUUCAACCCAUCUUUUUCAACUGCUGAACUGUAUACCUGCAAAAUGCUAUACUGUAUCACGGUGAUGCAAGUCACUAAUAUUUUUCAGUCUUUGCUUAUCGAUAAGGGAAAUAACAGCAUUCCCAUAGUAGGGUUCAAAUUACUGUGAAAAUACAGAUCCAGUUUCAUCUCUGCUGAACGUUUGGAAACCAUGUACUAGCAACCCCAACUGACUUCUGCCAGGUAGAGGCAUUUGUCCUCUAAAGAAACACAAAGAGAGAGAAAGAGAGAGAGGGGUAGGAGGAUAAAGUAAUAAAUAAUUAGAUCUCCAGUAGUCUCAUGGCAAUAGCUGUAUCACUUACUGCAGUUUGUUUAUGCACUCACAUGAAAAGGAAGUUUUAAAUUUGUAUCAAUCUGAGCUAUCACAAAGGAGGUCCUUACUUUACAGAAUUAAGUUAGCUGGAAAAUAAGCAGCAGCAGAAUGUGGCUAGGAAGGGAUGUACAACCUAAAUGCUCAUUAGCAGUUUUCCACUUUAAUUUUAACUCUGCAUACUGACAUACCAUAACAAUUGUAGGCCAAAUACGCACGUAGUCUGAACCCCAUUCAGAAUUCUAAAACCUUUCUUUCAACAUGCAGAAUUGUUGGUCUAAGGCAUGCUCCCAGUAAAAAUCCACUCACUCCAGUCAGAACUGACCGGUCCACAUGCUUAAACACCCAUGUCCACUGUCAAUUAACUGAAGCAAAAUACCAAAGCAGUUGGGAGUACAUACAGUAGACAAUUUGCCUUAGAAAGUGACUUGAAUGUACAAAGAAACUUGAUGCACUUAUUUUUUAAUGUUGAGACGGCAAAUUUAUAAAACAUCUGUGUAGGAUCAUAGUUACACCAGUAAAGAAGUGUGAGUGUGCAUGUGUAGUACUAGAAACCUGACUGGUCAAACAGCUUGGUGCUAUGAAUUACGUAUGUUAGUUCUGUGAACAAUUCAUUGAUGCACCAGGACAGAUCAACAAGGCAAGAUGAGCAUUUUUUUGGAAAGCUUCUUUUGUACUGUGGAAGCAAGAUUGAAGUGGUGUCCAGUAGCAGAGUUGUAAAACUUAGUGAAACAUUCAGGAUGAUGAAAGAGGUUACCUGCGAGUCUGUACAGUAUUCAACCUUCCUUUGUCUUACCUUAUUUUGUUUAAUUUAAGAGUAAAUAUGGGAACAAAUGUACAGAAACCUUUUUUUUUUUUUUAGUGCUGCGUGAACUUUUAAUAGCUUUUUGACAAAAGUUUUCAUUUACAGGAAAAUGCAAAGAAAAAUUUUUCAGGUGAAGGCAAUUUUUUUAGUAGUUUUGUAAGAUUAAUUAAUAAUGCUGUUUAAGGUUCUAGUGAGAAUGGAUAUUGAGGUAAGAUUUAUUGAAAAUAGUCAACUGCCAAUACCUUUUUGGGGGGGGGGGGGAGGGGCACCCUGGUGGUAAAAUUAACCUAUUGAUGAUGACAGAAAAUGGGAUUUGAAAUGUUGAUUGCCUAAUAUUUACAAGGGUGUAACCUACAUUCUCAAUCCUCACAAGAUCAUGAAAAAAGAUAGAAUAAGCAAUAAGCUAAAAUAAGUCCCUUUCCUUUCCUUCCCUUCCCUUCCCUCCUUCCUCUCUCUCUUCCUUUCCCCCUUCCUUUCCUUCUCUAGACUGCUUGCAGCGGAAUAGCAUGUAGAACAGUUCAAUCAUUUAAGACAGUUUGGAUUUCUUAGUCUCAGAAGUUUUAUCCCAAUAAAAAAAAAUUGUUACAUUGUAGAAGGUUUGCAAAUCUGAAUUUAAAGAAGGUGUAAAGGCCUCCAAAAUGAAGAGAUGUGCUGGUCUGUAUGGUUCACCAUUAUGGCUGGUAUUAAGUUUCACAGUGUAGGGAACUAUGACCUCAUUUUAUUUUAUUUACUUAUUAUUUAUUUCAAUUUUACAUUGUUAGGAUAUUUUUGUUUAGCAAGUACAUGUUUGCACUCCUAAUUUUUAUAAGGGUUUUUUUUAUACUGCUUUAGCGCCCUUUAAAUGUGGGCUCCUGAGGCCUGUUUAAUGCUGUGAAUUACUGUUUGUCAAUUGUUGGGGUUUUUGAUUUAUUUUUAAUGUCUUCUUUUUUUUAGGUAUUUCUAGCGAUGCUGUUUUAUUUAUUGCUAUAGCUUUUAAGUCAUUAAGAAUAACUCAGAAUGACUGUGGCAGAAAAGGCAGAUGGAAAUGUAUUGUGAAAACAAGCACGUUUGCUGGGUUCAUAAUCAUUCACUUAAAAUUGCUUUUGUAAUACAUAGUCUUCAAAGUUAUAGGCAAAAUGUUUGGCAGAAUAGUUGUACUAUUUCUACAAUUCUGCUUUGUCUACUUUCUUAUAUAGGUCAGAUUUCAAACUUUUUGAGUGGGUGGGAACAGAUUUUAUGACAAUAUCUGAAAUGGUUUGUACCUCUGCUUUGGUAGAAAAUCUAAGUACAGCAGUGGUCCUGAGACUAAUCUCACUUAUGCCAUUUACUCUUGUGAAUCAGGAGCAAUUUCACUACAAUCAGGGAAGUUACAGUCAUUUGGUCCUACUUGUAAAUGAAAUUAGAAUCAAGCCUUAAAUCUCCCCAAGUAAGUUUGUGAUGGCUCAAGCAUUUGUUUUACUUUAAAAAUAAUAAUAAUUAGGCAGCUACAGCUGAUCUUAAAAUGUUCAUUCAUUUUUUGCUGCUACAAGAGUAUUAAAAACCCAGUCUGGCUAUUCUGAGGUAUUAUAAUGCCUGUUCCAUCCAUUCCCUUUUAAAUGGUAAUCACACCUGGGUGUAACACAGCAAUGAACUCCUCCAUUAGCUCCUCUUGCCCUUAAUGUCUUUCCUGCCUAUGGAACUAAUCUAACUGUGCUAAUCAUAAUACUACACAGUUAGUUUAGUAACAGUCAUCAAAAUGUACCAUGUACAUUAAUGAUGAGUGUUGUUGAUCAGCAUAGAUUUCUAGGAGCAUGGUUUGUUAUUGGUUAAUUAUAAAGAUUCAAUAGGACACUCCAUGUAAAUGAUGGUAUUACCCAUAACAGCAUCCCCAGUCAUGAUCUUUAUGCUAUUACUAUACUGCUUCAUAAAUCCAAUGAAGAAUUAACUUUAGAGAUCACACCCCACUCCUGAACUUGGACAGGGCCUCUCUUGCAUGCCUUUUCAAAGUCCUGUGGUGGGUCUGACUUCACUGACCUGUACUUUUCACCUCAUCUUUCAUAGAAUUCACUUUUGAUUUUUUUAUUAUUAUCUUACAUACUGUGGUGAAUGGAGGUAACUGUGUAUAUGAAUGGGGUUUUUUAAUUGUCUACAAUAGCUUAUGCAUUUUAGGAGAGUUCUGGUACUCAUUUACUAAGAUUUAAUCAGUUUGUUAAUUGAAUUUUCAAUCCUUCCCACCACAAGCAAGUCAGCUCCAAAGAGCACUUACUGUGCAUUUAGGACAUUACUGUCAUAUCCUUCUCUUUGUUCAUUUGUUGCAAGAGGUUCUUGCUCAGUAAUGAUGUUUUGAGAGAAAUAGUAGUUUUGUUGGUUUAUUAGAAAAGGAAAAAGUAUAACGCUUACACUUGUAAGAAACUGUAAGCUUUCAUCUUUCACUUAAUUGAACAAAACACUAAAAACUAAAGGUAAGCAUUUCUUAGAAUGCAAUUAUAUUAUUCACCUGGUUUAAAAAUGUUUGCUAUUUAAAAUAAAAAAAAGAAAAAAGUCUGUGUGUUGUGACUUUACAAAAAAUCUA